AGCAAGCCAAAACAAAAUUCAAAAGCCUCCUUUAGCCAUUCAUUGACUUAAUUUCUUUUCCUCUCCCAAAUUCGUUCUCUGUUCUUGGAUUCCAAUCGCUAUGGCGCAGCAGAAAUCUUUGAUUUACAGCUUCGUCGCUCGAGGAACGGUGAUUUUGGCUGAGUAUACAGAUUUCUCAGGAAAUUUUAGUAGCAUCGCCGCUGAGUGCCUCCAGCGGCUUCCUGCUACCAACAAUCGCUUCACUUACACUUGCGAUGGCCAUACCUUCAAUUACCUCGUCGACAACGGAUUCAUCUAUUGUAUCGUUGCGGUCGAGUCUGCAGGACGACAUGUUUCGAUGGCGUUUCUGGAGCGGAUAAAGGAGGACUUCAACAAGAGAUAUGGUGGAGGAAAAGCUGGAACUGCUGGCCCCAAGAGUCUGAAUAAGGAUUUUGGACCCAAAAUGAAGGCUCAUAUGCAAUACUGUGUAGAUCAUCCUGAAGAAAGCAGUAAGCUUAUGCAAGUCAAGGCUCAGGUUUCUGAAGUUAAAGCUGUUAUGAUGGGAAACAUCGACAAGAUACUGGAACGAGGAGCUAAGGUUGACGAAUUGGUAGAUAAAACUGCAGAUCUUCGUUCAAGGGCUCAAGAUUUCAAGACGAGCGGGACUCAAUUAAAAAAGAAGAUGUGGUACCAAAAUAUGAAGAUAAAACUGAUCAUCAUAGCUAUUAUCAUUAUCUUGGUUUUGAUCAUUGUUGUAUCCGUUUGUGGCGGAUUUUCGUGCUAAAAUCGAACCCAUGAGAGCAUUUUUAAUGCUCCAUUCAAGAAAUCAUUAGUGUUUUGCGUUGGUGAAGGCUUGUUUUGUACACUUUUGGAUUAAAAGGAUAGCCAUUCUCAUAAAAAAGAUGAUCUUUAG